CGUCGCUGUCAUCCUGCCACCGCAGACGAUCCGGCCCUGGUGCGAGACGAGAGACUAGACGAGCCACGGGAGACGAGAAGUGCCCAGGCGUGACACGGCAGGGCGAAAGGAAGAGGCGAGAAGGAAAGACAAGUCAGCGAGGGAGAGAAGGAGAGAGAAAGACGUCAAAUCAUGAGGUGCCGAGGGGUCGCCGGCGCGGCCGCCAUUCUCCCCCUGCUGACGGCACUCCUGGCCGGCGCCGCCCUCGCCAGCAAGAUCGCGGAGGAAGUCCGGCGGGAUAUCCCGAUGGGAUUAUUCGGGCGGCAGCAGUCGCCCGACUUCCAGAGAUUUUCGGACGCCAUGGGUGGUCAACGUGCCUCGCAGAUAGUCUUCAAUGACGGCUCCGAUGCCAAAGAGCGCCCGUUCAUGAUCUCCGGUGGGAGAUCCGAUGGGAGUACCUUCGAGGGAACACAGACGACUUUUGAAGCAGCCUCGGACCGUGUCUGCGACGAUCAGAAGAACGACUGCGCGGAUCAGUCCAAUCGCGGCGACGCCUCCUUCAAGGUCUCCGACUGCGACGCGCAAAACAGAGAUUGCAAGACGACCAACCAGCCUACGGACCAGGACGACGAGUUUUUGUACUUCUGCGAUUGAUCGGGGCCGGGUUUG